AUUUUUGGCGGGAAGGAGUGGCGGAAAAUUUUCAUUUCGCUGUUGAUAUUUUAUAUUGAUACAAAAUGCGUCUUCGUUGGGAAAGAAGCCCGGGAAAAUGGAGAAGUAUUUGGUUUCGCGUAAACCCUCGAUUGAAAGUGUUCGGCCACUUCCAAGGAGGCAAUGGAAGAGGAGUUCGGUUGAACUAAAUGGGAGAUUUGAGCGUAACUACCGUCAUGAGAUGUUGGAUCUGCUAAUUCGAUCGUACUCUGAGGUUGGAGUGUUUCCGCAUCUGUAUCAAGUGGACGGUUUGCCAUGCCAGUCUCAUACAAAUCGAUUGGUUGGUGAGGCAAAUGGUGAUGGCCAUCUCCCAUUUAGAAAGCAAGGCAUCUCUGCAGUAGAUUUUGACAACAAGGGAAUAUACUUGGUGUCUGUGACCAAAUCGGGUUGCUUAACAGUUCACGACUUUGAAACUCUUUAUUGCCAGACACCUGAGUUAACUUGCUUGCGAGAAGAUGAAAGCAAACAUUUAAUGCACCUGUCACUAAAUCGACAACUUGAUGCAGUCAGAUGGAAUCCUCUUAAUCAGGAUGAGGUUGUUUGUGCAUCUGUCAAAAGUAAUGAAGUACUAAUAUUCGAUAUUGGAUAUGUCUCAUCCGAUCCAGUUGAAGUAUUAAGAACAAGACGUACAGCCACAGUUAAUGGAUCCACCUUGCACAAAGGUCUCUCUGAUGUCACUUUUACGUCAAAUGACACAAGGAUACUUGCUUCUGAUACACAUGGUGCGAUUAAUGUCUGGGAUAGAAGAGUGAACUCUCUACCUUGCCUUGAGCUUGCGUCUGCUUCAUGUGGUACGCUUAACAGCAUCCAAUUAAAUGCAGAUAAUCAGAUUAUUUAUGGUGCUGGAAAACAUGGGCUCGUGCAUGUAUGGGAUAUUCGUGGUGGAAGAGCAUCUGCCACUUUUCAAAGUCUCAAAGAGAUAUGCCAUCCACCAAUAAAAUCAGUGAAGUUGGCAACAUUGCUUGAGAAGAUUGGAUCUUUGAAGGCACAGGCAAAUAUUGUUCCCAAGGAGAUUCACUCUAUUAAUAUUAAUCCAUCAUGCCCAUAUCAGUUAGCAUUCCAUCUUGUCGAUGGCUGGUCAGGCGUUUUGGAUAUUAAUACUUUUGAAGUUACCCAUAUUCAUUGCCCACCUCCUGCUUGGUUAAACGAUUCCUACGUUCCCGCUGAUCUAUCAUACUUAAGAAAACCUUCAUGGUUAUCAACUUGUUCGAUCUAUUUGGCCGGGUCAUCAUCUGAUUGUGGUAUCCAUCUCCUGGAUUUUUAUCCCAGCACCAACUCACCAAGCCAUGUGGAUUACAAGGAGGAUAUGCAAGAACUUUCAAGGCGGAAAAACCGAAGUAAUCAGAACAGAUUUAUUUCUUUAUCUGAAGGAGUUAUCUCAUGUGUUGCUCACCCUUUGUAUAAUGCUAUCGUGGCAGGAACCAAGAAAACUUCUUUGCUCGUGAUUUCUCAAAGGCAAGAGUCAUUCAGAAGUGAAGAUUAGUCCCAAGCUUUGACAGGAUUUUCUAUUUACUGUAUUCCCCUAGUCUGAAUUUAUAGAUGAGUUAAUGUAUAAUUCCUUGUUAAUAAUGUUUUCGUAUACUUUACCUCGUCUUGAAUCUCCUGUUCAAAAUGGGAAAGAAAAAUUAUUUUAUGUAAUUUUUUUCAGUUGAA